CUGUUUUUAACAUUUUUUCUUAUUCGGACAUUACCCGAAUUUCCCGUCAAACCUAUUCCCCUCCGAUUCCGCCUGAGCGGCAGAGAAAAAAUGGCGUCCUCUGUAAGAAACCUCCGUCAAGAGCCUGAACUUCCGUCGACCAACGCCGGAGAAAGCUACGACGACGACGACGAUCUUCCAGUGCUGAGCUCUCAUGCUCUGGAGGCGCUCAAGGAGUUCAUCGCCGAGCAGAGCCGGGAUCUCGCCGCCGCGGACGAUGCGGAGGAUGUGGCGCUGGUGGCGGAGGACUGGCGGCUCAGCCAGUUCUGGUACGACCGCCGCACGGCGGAGACUGUUGCCGCCGAAGUUGCCGCCCUCUGCGAGACACUCUCUUCGCCACGCGUCUCGUGCAUUGCCUGUCCCACGCUGUACGCGUAUUUCAAGAAAAUUGCUCCAGGAGUGCCAGCUCAGCUUCUUGAGUAUGAUAAAAGGUUUGAGCAAUACGGUACUGAGUUCACUUUCUAUGAUUAUAACCGACCUGAGGAUCUUCCAUCACCAUUGAAGCACUCGUUUCCAAUAAUAGUUGCAGAUCCUCCUUACCUGAGCCAGGAGUGCUUGGAAAAGACAGCCGAAACAAUUAGAUUUCUGUCGAGUCCCGGAGAAUCUUACAUACUAUUACUUACAGGUGAGGUGCAAAAGGAUUUGGCUGCAGAGGUUUUAGGCUUGCGGCCGUGUGGUUUUCGGCCUCAGCAUUCGAGCAAACUUGGCAACGAGUUUCGGCUUUUCACCAGUUAUAAUCCCGGGUCAAGGCUCGGUGGGUGGGAAAACGAAUUAUCGUCAUCUUAAAAUUUAUGUACUUUGCCUGAAUUUUCCGAGAAUUCGAUCAAACUAAUGACUUGCUAAGUAUAUUUCUGCUUUACAGAACAAAUUGUAGCACUAGCCUCCAUUUAGUUUUUGGAGAUACUAGAAGUUUUCUGUAGUCCUUUUGUAUUAAUUUCUUGACACAAUUUGGAGAUGUUUGUUUGCUUUGUGUGCCAUUGAAAAGCUGUGAGGAAUUUAGAAAUUUACAGAUUCAUCUGUGGUUUUAUGUAUUUGAUUGAACGUGGUUUUAUUUGUGGAGUUUAGUUAGUCCAAUUGUAUAUUUUAAUUGUUAGUGAGUUUGAAUGUUAAUCAAACUCAGGUGAUG